GAAGUGGUCCGUCCAAUAUUAUCUUCCCCCAUCAGUGCCUGUGCAUGGCGUAGAUCCUACGACCGGGCGGUUUUGUAGCUAAUAAAAACAAAUCUAUAUAUCAGAAAACCUCUUUAUAUUGGUCAUGCGUAUAUAGUACGACUUUUUAAAAAUUAAAUUACGUGAAAGCAGUUGCCAUGGGAACAGAGGAGGGCAGUAAAGCCGACUCGGAGGAGAGUUUCUAUCCGAGUGAAGAGGAGAUCGAGAGGUGGAUGUCCAGCGCUUUCGACAUGGCCAAAGAGGCUCUGGAGAACGGAGAGGUGCCCGUCGGAUGUCUGAUGGUCUACGAUGAGGAGGUGGUGGGGAAGGGAAGGAACGAAGUCAACGAGACUAAAAACGCCACUCGUCACGCUGAGAUGGUCGCCCUGGACCAGGUCCUGGACUGGUGUCGCCGUGGCAACCUGGACGCCAGGAGCGUGUGCGAGCGGACGGCGCUUUACGUCACCGUGGAGCCGUGCGUCAUGUGCGCCGCCGCCCUGCGUCUGCUCCACAUCCCCGUGGUCGUGUACGGCUGCAGGAACGAGCGCUUCGGGGGAUGCGGUUCAGUUCUGGACGUCUCCUCCGCAAACUUACCCCAGACUGGGACCACGUUCAAGUGUGUUUCAGGCCAUCGAGCAGAAGAAGCUGUAGAGAUGCUGAAGACUUUCUACAAACAGGAAAAUCCAAAUGCUCCCAAACCCAGAACGAGGAAGGACUGACCCAACGUGUCUUUACUUUGAAAUAUUUGUCUGUUUUUUUUUAAUUUAAUUUAAAUAAAAAGUUCUUAUUGUCUGAGGCUCAUGUCGUCAGUGUGCAGCAGCAGCAGCAGGGGGCGCAAUAGAUCACGGUUCUUCUCUCACACACCAGACGCAGAAGAAACGAACCUCGUCUCUUAAAUGAAGACGUUAAUAAAACUGAAUAAAUAAA